CUAGACCCCAGAGACCCUCUUCCUCCUCUUCCCCCUCCUCCUCCUCCUCCUCUACACGGUGAUCGGCAUCGAUACAGCAGCGCCGGUAGGGGCGGGGCAGCACUGCAGCAGUGCGCUUCUCGAGCUGUCUCCGGUAAUGCUCCAUAGGAUACACACGCCCCUCUCCGCCCCAGACGCGAGACAGGUGGUUGGACGAGGCCCCUUAUAUGCCUAAUCCUCGAGCGCUCCCCCUGAGAAUAAGAAAUAUCUGUUGACAGCAGGGAAGGAUCGGUUGGCGCGAGCGCGUCCCCGAUGGACUUCCAGCGUGUGACCUCGGCGAUCACCGGGCGGAUAGCGGGAGAGGGGGGCAACAACCGGAACGCACGAGGAGAGCCCCGCCGAUCCACUACCAAAUGUUUCCCAGCGUAUCGCUGUUCACGGGAGGGGGUCUACCGACAGAGGAAUGAAAUGCACGAGUAAAAAGUUGACACGAUUUGGGUGGGAAUUUUCAUCUGAGAGGCGGGAGUAUCAUUUCUGACUAUCCUCCGGUCUGGAAAGUUCCCUUGAGGCGGAGGAAGGGGGUUCAUUAUGGCUUCAGGCGCCGGUAAGGCUGCACAGCCUCCCGGGCCGGGCUCCGCCGUUAACGGGACUGCGGCAGAGUUCGCGAACAUCGAGCAGGAGCUGUACGACUACCAGAUGCACAGCAAAAUGUGCAAGAAGAUCGCUCAGCUCACCAAGGUGAUUUAUUCUCUGAACAUGAAGAAUGAGGAGCAGGAGGCGGCCCUGCAGGCUUUGAGCCACGCCCACCAUGAGGAGCUACACCGCAUCCUGAUGGAGACAUGUCAUGAAGGGGAGGGGUCAGCACUGAGGACACGCCUCCUCGAGCUGCAGGAGUCUCUGGAUGAGCAGCACAGAGUCGGAGCCCAGGUGCAGGCAGACUUUGAGUACUUUCGCAUCCAGGCGGAGGAGAGGGAGCGGGAAACCGAGGCAGAGCUGAGAAAAGAGUUUGAGGAGAGGCUGCAGGCUGCAGAGGAAGAGCUCCAGGAGGCCAAGGCCCAGAUCAGUGAUGCCCAGGAGGAGAGCUUGCGGUUGAGCAAAGAACUGGAGAAGGCCGGGAUGCAGAUCCAGAAUCUGGAUGCCAAAUGUGAGGAGCUACAGAAAGCAGAUGAGGACAGAAAGAAAGAGGAGGAGGUGGAGGGAGAAACAGAGGGACGGGAGGACCUGGGAAAAGUAAAAAUGCUCUUAGAGGAGGUAAAGGCACUGAAGGAGGAGAGGGAUCGGGAAGAGGAGGAGAGGAGGCGUGCUGUGAAAGAGGAAAGGGAGAAAUGGGAGCAGAAGAUGAAUGAUCUAAAGGAGGAGAAAGAGGAAAUGAGGAAGAGGAUGGAGACAGAGUGGAGGGAGGAGCAGCAGAGAUGGGAGGAGAGGGAAGAAGAGGAGAAGAAAGGAAUGCACAGCGCUCUGCGAGAAAGAGUGAAGAGGGCUGAAGCAGAAGUGGAAAGUCACCUGGAGAGAUUGGCUGAGAGCAAGAGGAACACAAUGAAACUGCAAGAGCGAAUCCAGGACCUGGAGGAGGAGCUGGAGCUGGAUCGGAGGCGUGUGUCUGAGGCAGAGGGCGUGGCUAAACGGGCAGAGGAGGAGCUCACGGUCGCCAAGGAAAGGCUGCUGCUGCAGGAGGACGAGCUGCAGAGCAGAGCAGCGGAGCUGCUGAACCGUGGAGGCUGUGAGGUGUGUGUGUGUGCUGAGGUGGAGGAUCUGAGGAGCCAGGUGAGCCGUCUACAGAGUAAGAACAGAGAGCUGGAGCUACAGAGCAGCGGGCGAAACAGUGACCAUGCCCGGCAGAUACGUCAGCAUGCUGAGGCUUUGUCCAGUCUGCGUUCAGAGAUGGUGAGAGCCCAGACAGAGGAGCUGCGUCGCAUCCAAAAACACGCAGAUGAUGAGAGGGACAAACUGCAGAAGGAGAUAGAGAAAGAGAGAGAAACCCUACAGAGGGAGAGAGAACAAGAAAAGGAUCAGUUCGAGAAGGACAGAAACCGACUGCGCAGAGAAAGAGAGGAGGAGAAAGAAGCACUGCAGAAAGAAACGGAGGAGACCAAAGAACGUCUGAGGAGAGAAAAGGAGGAGGAGGUCGACCGGCUACGGAAGGAACUGGAGGUCGAGAGGGUUCGUGUCCGUUCUCAGCUGGACAAGAGCAUUGAGCAGGUCGAGGCGGAGAGAGCCAAUGUGCAGCAGAAGUUGGAGGACGAGAAGAGGAGAUUGGUGGAGAAGGCCGAGGAGGACAGGAAACGGUUGAAGGAGCAGGUGCGGAAGGCAAUAGAGGAGGUGAUGAGGAGGCAUGCAGCUGAACUUCACAGCCUUCAAGAAGCUCUGAGCUCUGAGAAGAAGACCAACCAAGAGGUGUGUGCGCAUUUGGAAGAAGAGAGAAGAAGAAGCGAGGAGCUAUGCAACGGGCUGGAGAACGAGAGAGAGGAGCUGAGGACAAAACUCAGAGAUGCUACCAAUGAGAUCUGUAGACUGGAGUCAGUGAUCCAACAGCAAGAUGAGAAAGAGAAGGCGGGUCCUGAAGCUGCAUCCUCAUUUGGACCACAGUGUUCUCGUCUGGAGGAAGAACUUCACCAGACGCGGAGUCGACUCGCUCGGUCACAGGAGGAGGCGGAGAGGCAGCGGGACAGGCAGCAGAGAGAGAUCGCUUCCCUGAGAUCCGACAAACACCGGCUGGAGGAGAAAGUCCUGGAACAGAGCCGACUGAACACGGAGAGGAGCCUUCUAGAUCAGGGCCAGAGGCAAACUGAAGACCGGAUCAGGGCAGAGUGUGAGGAUCGUCUCAGAGCAGAGUUCAGGAUAGAGAUGAAUGCUGCCGUUGCUGAGAGCGAACAGAGAUGGCAGAACAGAGAGCAGGAGCUGCAGGCGCAGAUAUCUGAGCUGCAGGGGGAAGUGAGCGCGGCGCAGUCAAAGGUAGACAAAAAGAAGGCGGGCCCAGGAGACGACAACCAUGGCAACCCCGAGAUUGAGCGGCUGAGGACAGAGGUUCAAGAAACCAAGGAGAUAAACAGGAAACUGAGAGAGCUGCUGCAGGAGCCCCAGACCCAGUCUUCAACUGCAGACAGACACAGUCACGCCAUGGCUCUGCAGGCGUUAGAGAGACAGGCAAAAGAAGACGUGCUGUCUGAGAGAAACAGACUGCAGACAAUACACCACCUGGAGCUGGAUAAGCAGCGGGCGGAGUUGACCCAGCAGCACACAGAGUGGAGCAGACAGAUGACCCAGAGACACAUGCAACAGAUAGAAGACCUACAGGCUCAACUACAGGCACACACACAGAUGAUGGCUCUACAACAGGAUCUGAAGCAGCAGAACCAGUAUCAGGUGUUUGAGCGACAGCUGGAUGAGAGCCGCUGUGCCAUCCUGGAGCUCCAGAGAGAAAACGCAGCUCUGAAAAAGCAAUUAAAGGAAAAGUUAGGGGAUGACCUUGGUCAUCGCCGUUGUUCUAAAAUCUCAAUGACAGACACCCAGGCGUCUCCCCCGGAGAUAGUUGGGGAGCCGGCUGAUACCAAGGCCUUGACAGUGGCAGAUGAUUGGAUGCUCACUAGGCGAGUCUUGACUCUGUCAGUGCAAAAGCAUCCUAAAGCUGAAGAGAAAGCAGAGGAAAAUGUAGAUUUGCAGAGGAAGAGAGACGCCCAGCUGGAAGAAGAAGCACAACGUCUGAAGGAGGAAGUGGAGAAGCUGAGGGUGGAGAUGGAGAAACUGGAGGAGUCGCAAAAGCACUGGGAGGAGAGGAAAGAGGAGGACGUAAAAGAGGAGGAGGUGUGCGAGAAGAAGAAGAAGAAGGAGCAGGAGGAGGAGGAGGAGAGGAGGAGAGAGGAGGUGGAGGAGAUCAGGAGGGAGCACAAGAAGGAGAUGCAGAGUCUGGUCUCUGAAUACAGCAGCGCCCAGACGCACCUGCAGGCUCGCAUAGUGGCCUUGGAGAACGAGCUGCGUGAGCGGGAGGAGCGGUGCAGGAGGAGGGAACCUCGAUGUGAUGACCAGCAGCUGGGGAGACUUCAGGAGAGGCUGAGUGAGAGAGACCAGCUCAUUAAACGAUUAGUGGAAGAGAGGCAUCAGCUGCAGCUCCACCCUCCUGUUUCCGGGGACAACAGUACCCUCAGGCUUCGUGACAGCAAGUCCCGCCCCGGGAGCGUCACACCAACCAUGAGGAGGAAGCAGGUGGAGUCUCCUCCUCGUGGCACCAGCAUCUCCAGCGCCGGUACAUUCGACAGGAACAUCUUCCAACCCCACUCCUCCUCAUCGUCUUCCUCCUCUGGCGUCCAUCAGCACUCCUCCUCUGGCGUCCAUCAGCACUCCUCCUCAACCCUCCCCCACCAGUCUAGCUCCCACCCUCAGACCUCCCCCCACUACUCCACUUCCUCUCUUCCACACAAGCACACCUCCCUCUCCCUCAGCCAACAGUCCUCCCCCUCCAACCCUCGCUCCGCCAGAACCCGGACCUCCUGCAUCCCUCCCACCCCAGCACCCACUGCCCCGCUCCCCGUCUGUCCGUCAGUGCACACGGGCAUCCGCUAUGUGUCGCCCUCGUGCCAGGAGCCACAUGCACAUCUGCAGGCCCAAUCGAUCAGGGGCCCGUACCUGGAACAGAGGGGCACAGAGGGGCUAAAACAGGAGUGGUUCACUAAAUACUUCUCCUUCUGAGCACAAAAACACACACAUACACUUGCAGCCACUGCAAGUACAUUUCCUCAUAUACACUUCAUUGCUUGAUAAUACACAUCCAUUUGCUUCCCACACACUUACACAAGUACACACACUCACACACAGACAGACAUAACAACAUCAACAGACAUACAGGCUCAUCACCAGCAAGGCCAUCUCAAACAUUGCCUCAAAGCUCAACCAAAAAGUGCUUCUCAAACACAUGCCUGACCUCUUCUCAGAACAUAGGCCUGUCGGAUCUUGUUUGUAUAGUUUGGAAUGUCUCCAUAUACUUUUUUUAAAGCAGUCUUCCUUUUUUAAAUGCAACCUUCGCCCCAAUCUCAUCACACAAUUAUUCCAGGCAAAUGUACAUUU